AUGAACUUGCGAGGUGGUAGCAACGUGUCGGAGUUUGUCUCUCAAACUCUGGCAAUUGGAACUCGACGAGAAGUCCUGGAACCCAACUUGUGGCCGUCGCACGCGUUCCCACACGGCCCUGCUAACACCAGCCACGUCAAGUGUUCUUAUGGUGGGAAUAGCUCAAACGAGGACGGGGGUGGCUGGUUCUGUCAGGACGUGACGAAGGCGACCAAGAACUGGGCGGCUCUGCUGAUCCUGGUGGUGAUCGGCAUCACCGUGAUGGGCAACAUCCUGGUCAUUCUGGCUGUCUCCUUGGAGAAGAAGCUCCAGAAUGCAACCAACUACUUUCUGAUGUCUCUGGCCGUGGCAGACAUGCUCCUGGGCAUGUUGGUCAUGCCUGUCUCCAUGGUGACCAUCCUUUAUGAUUACGGCUGGCCUCUUCCGUCAGAGCUGUGUCCCGUGUGGAUCUACCUGGACGUGCUCUUCUCGACGUCCUCCAUCAUGCAUUUGUGCGCCAUCUCGCUGGACCGCUACAUCGCCAUCCGGAACCCCAUCCAGCACAGUCGCUUCAACUCGCGCACCAAGGCCCGCAUCAAGAUCAUGGCCGUGUGGACCAUCUCGGCGGGGAUCUCCAUGCCCAUCCCGGUCAUGGGUCUGCGCGACCGCUCCAAGGUGUUCAAGGACGGCAGCUGCCUGUUGACCGACGACAGUUUCGUGCUAGCCGGCUCCUUCGUGGCCUUCUUCGUGCCGCUCACCAUCAUGGUGGUCACCUACUUCCUGACCAUCCGGGCCCUGCAGAACGAGGCCACCCUGUGCUUGGACCAGCUGGUCCCGAGGCCCAAGUGGGGCGCUGCCUUCACGCUCAGCUUCUUCCCGCAGGCUUCGCUGACCUCUGAAAAACUGGUGAGGCGUGCAGCGGGUGUUGGCCGAGGGAGUGGCGGCGGAGGGCCGGCGGGUUCUUUGUUUGGGCGGCGCACCAUGCAGUCCAUCAGUAAUGAGCAGAAGGCCUCCAAAGUCCUGGGAGUGGUCUUCUUUCUCUUUGUGGUCAUGUGGUGCCCCUUCUUUAUAACCAACGUGCUGGUGGCCGUGUGCGAAGCGCCAGCCUGCGAUGCCGCCCUCAUGGGGGGUCUGCUCAACGUGUUCGUGUGGGUGGGCUACCUGUCUUCUGCCGUCAAUCCGCUCGUCUACACGCUGUUCAACAAGACUUACCGCGCGGCCUUCCUCCGCUACCUGCGCUGCCGCUACGCGCCGCCCUCCAAGAAGCCCCUGCAGCUCAUCCUGGUCAACACCAUCCCCCCAUUGGCGUACCCCUCCAUUGAGGGCAUACGCAAUGUUUCCCCGUGCCCCGAUUUCUCUUUUGCAGGCCGGGAAAAAGAGCGCCAAGAACUGGACAGAAACAUGGGAGACAAGGACGAAAGCUGCGUGUGAACGGCGACUAACGAUCCUCUAUGACAACUAUGCACACUAAGCACAGCCCGACCUAUGUUAGCGUUAGCAUUAGCGUAUCAUCAAAAUCGGGAUUUUCCUAAUUCUCACUGUUGCAUUGUAACACCAAGCACAGCCCUAACUCGAUUGGCAUUAAAAUUACUUUAGCGUUAGCUUUAGUAUUAUUCUACCUGUAUUCAUCUGUAAACAUUAGCCUCCUUCAUCUUUGUCUAUUUAAAUUAGCUUUUGUCAUAACCUAUUGUGUACUAACAGUAAGCAUUACCCGAAUGUGACAGCGUUGAUCUGGAAAUCCAUUUCAAUCUGCACAUCUAAUUGUCACAAACAAGCACAAAGAACAGCCCAAACAUGAUAAGCAAUAAAUAUAGCUCAACAUUAUAUAACAUAACAAGAUACUCGACUCUGUCUGCCUGACUACAAAAAGGAUAAAAAGGUGUCAUUUUAAAAUCGGAAUUGUUAGCGUACUAAAACUUGUUCUUUUAACAUAUAGCAACAAGCAAUUAUUUUUCAGAUAUGAUGUCAGAUUUAUUCAGACCUGUUUAUACCAAAAAUGAGAAAUUGCGUCAAAAAUUGGAAUUGCGGCAAAGUGAGAGUCAAAAUUUUUUUAAAAAUUGCUGCCCCAAAAUGGGAAUUACACCAAAAAUGUGAGCUUUGUUAAAAACGGGUUGAAAAAAUGAAAAAGGAUCAGGCAGGAGUGGGAAUUGUGUCAGGAGAGUGAAUGUGCUACAAAAAAAAAAAAA